AUGCAACACCCGGCCAAUAAUCCAAUAGAUCUUGCCAGGGCCAUUUCGGGUUUCUUCACAUAUGGUUUUGACAAGAUCUGGGCGAUCGGACGCGGGUCUCACCCCACCCCUCCGGCCCCACCUGGCUCACACUCGCACCGACGCGGCCACUUCAACUCGAGAAAUCAUCCGGGCAGAAGGGGCGACCGCUACAGCAGAAGGGCGUCUGAGCAUCCAGCAAACAGAAUGCACGGCAGGAGCCAUCAGAGAGCAAGCCCUUGCAAUGUGCACUGGAACAGAAUACCGACAGCUGGAGACGCCAUGCCCAGGAUGAUCAUUCCAGCAGACGUUGUGAGCGCAAGGCCUCCUCUGAACACCCUCCCGCCGGCGGACCUCUCCCGCAGGACCGAGGACGAGAGGGCCACGGUCCACAGUAGGCCAGAGGGACAAGGCCGACUCGAGGAAGUGAAGCUGGAAGAGCUGCCUUUCUACUCUCACAUUUCCAACAUCCUCCUCGACUCCUAUCUCGCGCCUAUCUUCUCGUUUUCAAAGAAGUUUUCUUUUAAAAUAUCUUCCAAGACGGCCAGAGAUAUAGAUGAGGAAGGCUACCAGGGAACCUCCAUGCCGGUCAACAUCACGGAGUUAUGCCGUUUGGAACAAGAUUGCACAAAUGAACUGAAGAUAAGCAGCAGCAAAUGCCGAGGAGAGACCUACGUGGUGUUUGUGUCUCAGAUGAAGAAGGUUCCCGUAUGCGAAGUUUUAGACAAGAUUAUAGCCAGGAAACCGAUCAGGAAGAUGGAGACGCAGGAACUCGUCAAAGCGCGUCUGAAACAGGAUUCUGAAGGUGACAUAUCCACGACGACCUUCCAGUGCUCUCUCCAGUGCCCCAUCGGGAUGACUAGGAUGACGUUGCCGUGUCGAGCAUCCACUUGCAAACACAUCCAGUGCUUUGACGCGCUGGUUUAUAUACGGAUGAACGAGUGCAAACCUACGUGGAUUUGUCCCGUGUGUAACUGCCCCGCCCACUUCUCGGACCUUCUGAUUGAUGGGUAUUUUCAAGACAUUUUACAGAAGGACAAAAGCAGCGCGAAGAUAAAGUUCCACAGCAACGGCACCUGGUCGCCUGUGCCCAGCAGUGAGCCCGAGGAAACUGCGCCAGAAGUUCCGAAGAAUAUUCCUGUGUCUAAGAGGAAGUUUUCUCAAGUUGAUGAAGUGGUUGUGAUUGACUUAGAAGAGGAGGACCCGUUCACGCGAAAAGAUUCACGAGGGAAGAGGAGGAGCAGUAGAAUCAGUAUGUCUUCGGUACAGAUUCCCGUGACAAUUGAACCCCUGGCCAAACGCAUGAGGACUAGAUCGACGAAUCGCCAAAGCAGUCAGACGAAUGCACCACAAGUUCUUAGUAACUGA